UAGAGAGAGAGAGAGAGAGAGAGAGAGAGAGAGCAGUGACCAGGAAGAGAAGAGAUGAAAAUGCGAAGAACCGCAUAAACAACGAGAGAAAAAUAUAACAACAAUCUGGCUGGGUCUUUUUGAUUUUUGCUAUUUUGAAUUUGGAACCAAAAACUGUCUCCAAGUUCCGAUCGGUCUGUGGAUUUGUUCAUGGGAGCAGUUGUAGAUGAAUGAUCUGCAAGCUGCACUGGUGGGUCGUUUGAUUCAUAAAUAACGAGUCUUUGGAUUUUGUUAUUUUGUUUCUCAGCUUCGAUUGCGUCGAUGAUGGUCCUUGGACUUCUGGGUCUCUUUCCAAUUCAAUUGCUGUAUCUGACCUUAACAGGAUUUUAGUUUUUUUUUUUUCUUUCUCUUUGUUCAUUUUCUCGGUUUCUCAGCAAGCCGAUAAUGUGUUUGAAUAUAUAUGUAUAUACUUGUAUAUGGUGCGGUGCUCUCUGGUUUCUAAAAUGGAACAACCGAGGUUCUGGGUUUAAUUGAGUGGGGGUUUUGUUCAUUGGGUGUUUUCGUUGAUUUUCUUUUCUGGGAUUUUCACCCAUUUUCUCGUCUGCCAAACAGAACAUUGUUCAAUUUAUUCCCCUCGUUCCCGUUGUGUUCCUUGAUGGUUCUAUAUUUGACGAGAUUUGCAGGUUUUGGCCUUUGUUUGUGGAUAAACGAUGAAGCAUUGAUUUCUACAACUUCUUGAUUUGAAAGGAAAUGCUUGAGUCUUGACCUAAGCUCCUUCUGUUUUCUGGUUUGAAUUCAUAAGAGUGAGCUCAAGGUGGAUUGACGUUGCAUUUACUAGGUAGAUGGUUGCAGCCUCUGCUAUAAAUAUGAGAGUCAGUUGACUCUGUCAUGUUUGACGGUAGCAGGGGUUCAGAGCUUGAUGGUUUUUGAUCUUCUUAUAUCAAAACAAAGUAAACAACUUAAUUCCCUUUAUUCCUCAGGGAACAUGAGAAUGAAUUUUAGUCCCUUGUGACAAAUGCCCUUUCUGUAAGAACAAGGAAAGACCAAAGUGUGUACUAGAGAAGCAAGCAGAAAAAGGUAUCUCGUUCAACAUCAACAUGGGCUUGCCUCAAGCUUCUUCCAGCAGAAUUGUUGAAGAAGUGGCAGCAUCAUUGAGCACAUUUGUACAUACUCCUACCCGACUUGUUAGUUUGAGUAGCUGUGACUUAACUGGAGCUCAUGUAGGUUACUCAGGCAAUCAAGUUUUAGGGGAUUUCCCUUACUCUUCUUCAAGGGAGGAUAUGGAUACUGUAAACUUGCAUAAAGAUGGCAGUGGCCACAUUCAUAGGAUGCGGAGUGGUUCCAUGGAAAAAAAUGGCUUGAUCACUCAUAAAGGGGGACAGAACGUUCAUACUCCUGUUUCAAGGAUUGUGGGUUUUGAACCCACGGUGCUGCAUUCCCCUAAAAAUGCAUUUGAAGGAAACCAACUAGAUGGCACUCUCUCUUCUAAUGUGAUUAGCAGCAAUGAUAAUGGAGCCAAUUCCAUUAGCUCAUUAGUCAAAAAGCGGUUACUGUCUCCUUUGAAUGACAUGAUCAUACCAGAUCAAUUCAAUGGUGAAUGUCUAGAUAUUGGCUGCAACAGUAGUAAGAAUGAUUCCCAUUAUGUUUCUGUUCCGCAAGAGCAUAAGAAAGCUAAUAUAAGCAGCUCCAGUUAUUUUAGUUCUUUGAUAUGGUCCCUAGAUAAUUUCUCAGAAAGGAGGACUUCACCAAAUGAUAAUUCUGCGACCAAUUUCGGUUUCUUCACUGAUGGCCCUUUGCUUCAGGACAUGAAGUCACAAAAUCUCAUUUGUUCACCACCUUCAGCUGGGAUAACUAGCUUUGGAGAGACAACUACUAUAGUAGGAUCUCCAACGAUGGAAACAGCUGUAGCUUCGAAAAAGGUGGUUUCAUCUCCAGUGUCUUCAUCUCCUCUUGGUCCAAAAUUCCAUGGAGGAAUAGAAACAUCAGGAAGGUGCAGGGCUACAAGAAGAGAGUUUGAUGGCAAAUACUUAACCUUAAAGGAUAUGUGGCAGCCCCUUGACGGAAAUGUUUCUGGGGUUUUGCUUUCCCAGGAAGAACAGGAUUCUAAAGUUGCAAGAAAAUCAUUUCAAGGUAUUGAUUUUCUUGAGAAAAAAUGUGACCAAUUCACACCUAGAAGUCCUAACAGAGUUCACAAGCAUUGCUGUCAAGACUUAACUGUUAGUUCACAAUGCUCAAAGGUAGUUAGAACCUUGAGUGGACUGCCUGUUAGAAGGUCCUUGGUUGGUUCAUUUGAGGAGUCCCUGUUAUCUGGUCGUUUAUCAUCUGGGGUAGCCAGCCAGAAAAUUGAUGGUUUCCUUGCUGUUCUUAAUAUUUCUGGAGGAAAUUUCUCACCACAUCCUCAGAAACUUCCAUUUUCAGUAACCAGUGUGGAUGGAGACAAUUACUUAUUUUACUAUUCAUCCAUAGAUCUUGCAGAGCAUGUUCCAUCAAAUAAGAGUAAAGGCCCUAAAUUUAAAAGGAAUCACAGCUUUGAUUACUCUCAAGCAGAAAAGGCCCGCAUUCGCAUACCUAUUAAAGGGUGCAUACAACUGGUUCUAAGUAAUCCUGAGAAGACACCUAUCCAUACUUUCUUCUGUAAAUAUGAUCUGAGUGACAUGCCAGCUGGAACCAAGACAUUCCUGCGCCAAAAGAUCACCCUAGCCUCUUCGACUCCAGCUUCUUUAUUAUAUAGAGGGGGAAAUAGGACUCCUGAUAUGAAAAAUGAUGUCCAUCAACCUGAAACUGCUCGAGGAUUAGAUCCUCUGCCCUUCCCUUGUUUUGAAAGUAGUGAAUGUAAAAGGACUACUGGGUUGGAUGACAGGACACAAAAAAUGUUCGGUGGGUCUGAAAGCAAAUUUGUAAAUAGCACUUCAAAGCUCAAUGAGAAUACAUCGUGUUCUGGAGUUCUGCGAUAUGCUCUUCAUCUUCGUUUCUUGUGUCCGGCCAUGAAGAGAUCUUCCAGGGCAGUGCAGAGGUCCCUGUCUGAUCCUCUUUCUGUACCAUUGGGAAACAAUAUGGAGAAUGAAGGUGAACGACGUUUCUAUCUGUAUAAUGACAUGAGGGUUGUGUUCCCUCAACGUCACUCAGAUGCUGAUGAGGGUAAGUUGACUGUCGAAUAUCACCACCCAUCAGAUCCAAAAUACUUCAGCGUCAGCGACUAAGAGGUCCAAUUCAUCUCCUCAUUUUCGACUAGUUCUUCUGUACAUAUCUGUGCAUAUAUUUUCUUAGCCAUCUUUGAGAAUUCUCAGAAGGGGACAGUUUAAUAACCCCAUUUACCUGUAAAGAUUUCAGAUUCAAAGAGUAAAACCAUUGAUUUGUCUUCAGUUUGCUGUUGUGAAUGGUCCAUCUUCAUCUUGAGAGAAGAAACUUAAAGAGGAAGAUAAGUAUGUGUCCAUGCUUUGCCAGUUUGUGAAGUUUUGGCCCUCCCUUCCUGCCUGUGAACUUGAAAAUUUUGGAUCUCUUGAUUGGCCCUUCCUACCCAUAUUCCAUUGGAUGAUGAUGGUGGGACAGAAAUUAGAGAAAAAGGAUAAAAUUGCAAAAAACAUUGUGUGCAAUGAUCAACUUAAUUGUGA